UUAAGUUGAAAGUUGAAUUCCCAGCUGGAUUAACUUGAAUAUUAAUAGCAGCCACAGCAAAACUAUGUUGCUCGCUGUGGUCAAUCUUCUCCUUGAUGAACCCACACUUUCUGCUGCUUAUUCAGACUUAAAAACUGAUGGGGAUUUUAUUUCCUGAAGGGUUGCGAACAUCACGGGCCUUGUUUUAACUCAUUUGUGACAUGCUUUAUGGUAGGAAAAAGGAUUACAUGCCAGCAUAUGUUUUACAUACUGAUGUCUUGGCAUGGUAUGAAUGUAGUUGGAAAUCUGAAUCUGGUAUCCUUCUCUCUUCCACUCUAUACAUUUUAAGGAGAAAUGGCUUGAAAAAAAAAAGCCCAUACAAGAAUAAGCCCCAAAAUAUCCAUCUUUGCAUUCUAGUAACAGAAGAUAAAACAGAUUUUCCUUUCUGGAUGCCUUUAUUCUGAGUAGGAGUGAAGAGUUAUGGAAUUGGAUAGAAGCAUCUCCUGUUCUUUUGUACCUGAAGCCGAGGGAGUGAAUAGCUGUAUCAUAAGAUGCGUGUUCAGCCUGAUGAUGGUGUUAAUGAUAGGUGGAACAGAAUAUUUCGUGUCUUUGAGGCAAAGGCAGAUGUUCUUCCUCAGGGUCCAAGCAAGCCUUCCAUAGAAAGAGGCAAAGUGCUCAAAUAAGAAUUACACUUGGAACAACGCCUGCCCAGGUUGAUAAAAAUUCUUCUGCCAGGCAGUGAGAGGUUAAGGGCAGUUUUUAUGAGCCCUCAUUGCUAUAACUGUAUAAAGUCCAUCUGUCCUGUAAGCUUCCUGUAUCUGCAUUGUUUCAGUUCAAGUGAAAGCCAGUUCAGCUCAAAGAGAGAAACCUCCGGGGUGAGAAUUCAAUCAAGGAUGGUGACACAUUGGAACAGGUUGACCAAGGUGCUUGUAGAUGCCCCUUGAAGGCAUUCAAGACCAGACUGGAUAUGGCACUGAACCGCCUGGUUUUUGGUUGGAGACCCUACACAUAGUUCCGUAUGCAGUUUAUAUUUAACUGUGCAGUCAGAGCUCCAGUUGAAUUUACGAGUUCACCCGUUUCUGUGCAGAUUUAAAAGCAUUGCAAGAAACAAUGCGGAAGAUGAAGAGUCCUGAGAUGAGUUGUCUCUUCUGUGUUAUGCUUCUGAUCCAGAGCGUUCACGCAGAAACCCUUGAUGUAUGCACAUGGGAUCAAGCUAACCACAGGCUCCUCAUAGUCAUCAUUGCUUUAGACUCCAUUCUCCUCCUCAUCAUUCCCUUUUGCUGUUGCUUCUUUUUAGUUAAACUUUCAAAGGAUCCUAAAAGAGGCACCAGUAUCUCAACUCCAAGAAAACUCGAGGAAGGGAAACAAGACACUGAAGAAAAGGAAGAAUUAUUAAGGGGGAGAAAUGACAGGGAAGAGGAGCUCCGUGCAAUGAUUGACAUACUGGAGAAGAAGAAUGAGACACUGGAGAAGGAGAAAGCGACACUGAAGGAGGAGAAAGACAUACUGGAGAAGAAGAAUGAGACACUGGAGAAGGAGAAUGAGGCACUGAAGGAGGAUAAAGAGACACUGGACAAGGAGAAAGAGACACUGAAGAAGGACAAUGGUGAGUGGGACUGUUCCCUUGCAAGCCAUUAGGGGCUAUUCCAGUAUGAAAAAUUACCCCCAGUGAUUUCUGUCUGUCUUAGAGGUUACACAGAAAAAAUGUCCUUGUGAGUUUUUAGUGUCUUCUGAGAUGUAGACUCUCUGGGCUCUGUCAGGGGCAGAACAGCUUUUUCUCUUCCUUUUAGUUGUGUGGGAUCUCAUGGAAGUUUUGUACUCACUGUUUAACACACUGUUGUGUAAUCAGCGAUGUUUUCCCUAGUUUCACGAUUUCUUGUCCUUUGAACAUGGAAGAUAAUCCAUCAGAAAAUGGUUUUCUGACCCACAGAAGCAGGCAAAGCAGUAAUACAAGUGCUUGACCU